AUGGAGAAGCCGGGCGAAACGAAGAACUGGAACUCGCUGAAGAGACUGGCUUUAGACCUCUCUCCGAUUUAUGCACCACCAAGUGAGGUUGAGCAAAUCAGGCCGCAUAUCACCGAGAACAGGGUCUUUUCACACAUGUUGCACCUUGAAGAGCUCAUUGUCAGCUACGAUGUGGUCAACUACUUUCGACACCCACCGCCCAAUCUCAAACGGCUUGCCAUCACUACCCAAGAGAUGUCGGAUCUAGAAAUAGCAUUCUGUCUCAAGAUACCAUCCCUGCGAAUGCUCGUCAUGAUGCGACCCGUCAAUCUAGCAGCGAAAGACAUCGACACAAUAUUCAGAUCAUACGACGGGAGAAGCCUGGACGUCAUUCUGGUUGAUGUGAACUCAAAUCACAGGACACCAAACAAGACUCGGAACUGGACAGAUCAAGAUGCAGUACGAAUCUGGGAAGCUGAUGUACCUGUCAGCUUUUACGGCGAUGAGGACGACAUCAUAUUAUGCGAUGCCUGGAUAUGGAAUCACGGAGUAGGUGGUACCCUAUGGAGUCAAGACAAGCGGCGGAUGGCAUCAUGGGAAGAGGUUGAGAAGCGUCUGGCCGGCCCAGUACACACGAUUGUUGAAGUGUAG